AUGGUUUCACAUUGUCAGCAUCUACAUAUUACACUUUCUAUCCUCAAAAGUCACUCCCUGUUUGUUAAGCGUAGUAAAUGUUCAUUUGGUCAAUCCCAAAUAGAGUUUUUAGGUUAUGUAAUCAACAGCAAGGGUGUCUCAGCUGACCCAGCCAAAAUCGAGUGUACGGUGAACUGGCCUAGACCAACUACCACUAAGGGUCUUCGUGGAUUUCUAGGAUUGAUAGGUUAUUAUCGUAAACUUGUCAAGGAUUAUGGACUUAUUUUUCAACCACUCACAAUAUUGCUUAAGAAAGGAAAUUUUUCUUGGAAUACGGUGGCAGAAUCAGCUUUUGAGUUACUCAAAAAAGUUGUCACUUCUACUCCAAUGUUGGUUUUGCCAGAUUUUAGCAAGGAGUUUGUGGUGGAAACAGAUGCUAGUGACACAGGUGUUAGGGCAGUGUUAAUGCAAGAAGGAAGGCAUGUUGCUUUCUAA